AUGGCAGAGUAUAAGGAAAGUAUCGAGGAGAAACAAUCUGGGAAGACACACGAAAAAUAUCUGAAGCAUACUCAAGAAAAAUACAACGGAAGUCUCUGUGACGAUUAUGUACAAUGUCGACGACAAGUGGAAAGAAGUAUUUACCGUUGUCAAAUGUUGUGGAAUAGUGUAAAACAAGCACCAUUGUUAUCCACUGAUACAUUACUCGAAAUGGGUGAUCGUUGUAUUAGUCGAAAUGAUGAUAGCUUUAAUGAGCUUUACAAAUUAGCUAUCAAACGUGAUAAUAAACUUCACGGAUGCCUGGAUAUGUAUCAUGAUCAGGUGGACGAAUCAAUGAAUUGUUCAAUAAUAGCUACAAACUAUACUCAUUGGUAUAGGACAUUUGCGGAAUCUGAUAAUCUACAAAGUACUACAAGUAACGCUGAUUGCUUAGCUCAAGUAAAUAUGAUGCAAUUUCAAUGCGCACAGUUGCGCAAAUGUUGUUCAAAUUUUUACAGAUGUCAAAAUGAGACUUUUGAUGCGAGAGCAGAACUACGAAUAGUUUUACUUACAGCACAAUUGAUGAUGCAACAUUAUGAUUGCUUACGACAACAAAUGAUGAGAAUGACAUAG